ACCUUCCUGUCCGAGUGAAUAAAAACAGGAUGAGCGCACUAAGAGCAUGUUCAGUCAUGAUGGCGUUCAUUUGGCAUAGUGCAUUACUUCUGAUCUUAGCUUCUGAUGUUGCAGUGUAUGCAGAUGUCAAGCUGGACUGUAAACCUGAUUUUGUGUCACUGGUGUGGACGGAACGCAGACACCAAGCUGAUAUGUCACGUUUCCGUUUGGGAACCUGCGUUCCCACCAGCUCGUCUGCUCGGGAGGCAACUUUCAAUGUGGAGUAUAUAGACUGUCACUUCAGAACAAUGGUGACCGGGGACAAGAUCGUGCACAGCAAUGACCUGGUUUAUUUGUCUCCUGGCUCUCAAGUGCAAACCUUCGUCCACCCUGUUAUUUGCGUAUUUGACAGGCCGAAAGGGUGGGCCCCGAUCAGGUACGACCCGACGUUCACAACCUAUGGCCAGUCGGGUCUAGUGUUCCAUAUGGCACUCAUGAAUGAUGACUUCACCGCUCUCGCCGAAUCAACCCGCUUUGCUCUCGGUUCAUUCAUCCCGAUUAUGGCUCAUGUGGAAGAGGAUACACAUCAGCCAUUGCUUCUGUUGAUGGAGGAGUGUAUAGCUACGACUACACCAGAGCCCCAGACUGACCAUUUUUACAACAUUAUCGGCAAUAAGGGGUGCCUUUUGGAUAGUAAGAUGUCACGUUCCAGAUUUGAACCAAGGGAGAGGUCAUCAGAAGUCAAACUCUCUCUUCAAGCGUUUCGAUUUGCUGUCGAAGAGGAGGUGUUUAUCCACUGUAAACUUGUAGCUUGGGAUCCAGAUGGUAUUGACAUGACAAAGAAGGCAUGCAACUUUGUUAAAGGGCAGGGUUGGGUGUUGGUGGACAACCCCGUACAUAGCAAUCUGUGUGACUGCUGUGAAACAAACUGCAAGUCCAGGUGGUCAAGGAGUGUAUCAGGGAAACGUGGCGUGGUCCAGAAUGCAGUCCUUGGACCCCUGACAAUCACUGAAGUUGGUCCCUAAGAUGGCCACUUCCUACUUGGUGUGGCAUUUCCUUGAAUAAAAAUUAUUCCUAAUGGAAUAAAUCGGCUGGUGUAAAGUGUUUUCACAAGAUGCUUCAACUCGUUUGCUACCUUCAAAUUGUAUAUCAAUAAACGCCUGGAACA